AUGCAUUCGUUAAGAGGCUGGAAGUGGAUGAUUUGGGGAGGGUUGAUUGGUAGCGUCGCGGCUGUCCCGAGACCAAUCAUCACGCCUGCACCACAACCUGGAGUUGAAGUAUGGUUGAAGAGGCAAGAGCCAGAUGCCGCGUCUUUCGCUGAAGUACUCCUAACCGCGAUACCACUAUCUUUACGCCAGAUCGCUGCGACGAACGCUCCUGCUGUAUCGAGCAUUCUUUGGAGAGAAUUCCUCGACGAUAAUCGGCCACAAUGGUUCUUGAACCUACCAUACGACAUUCAGAGCUAUUUGGUCAAAGAAUUCGGGCCGGAGACUGCUCGUCUACCUACACCGCCAUCACAAACGACAGACGGCCAAGCAACACCAACGCAGAGUAGCUGGCAGUGGCCAAUCUCGACAGGGGAUCUGCGGUCUUCACAAACUGUUUCUUCACGCUUCGGCGCAAUCGUCGGCGAAUUCGGCGAGGACGUCAACGUCGGCGUCAGCUUCAGCGUCACCAUCCCGAAGUCUAUCCGUAACUGUAUUCUCGACUGUGACGCUAGCAACAUCAUCCAGUCUGCUACUGUAUCGUCAACAGCGUCCAGCACUGUUGCUUCCAGUACCGCUCGCACAAACUCUGGGUCAACACCAAGCGCAACCUUCGAUCCCAUCUCGCCCCCAGCGAGCAACAGUGAACUUACCAGAACUCAGAAGAUCGGUCUGGGCAUUGGUAUUUCAUUGGGUAUCUUUGGAGCUGCCGCUAUGCUUCUUGGAUGCUGUUUCCUGCUUCGCCGUAGAAGGAACAAGCACGAGGAUGGCUCGCAGCCACCAUCCUCUCCUGGCUUCAUACCCCGAUUUGCCUUCCAAGACAAAUCGACAGAAAAUCUGGAACACCGUAGGCCUCUCAACCCGGCGCAUAACCAGUUUGGCCUGGACCAUGGAAACACUAAUUGGGAAGAUGAAGGUUAUGACCCGUACGAAUCCACUGCCUAUGACCCUGCGCCUAUGGCUAUGGGAACAUCUCCACAUCCACCAGCAUACCCUCCAAGAGAAGCACCUCAACAAAUGACUAUGCAAGAUGCGCAACCAAUCAUGGCACCGGCGCUCUUCCAUACGCACAGCUCGAACCGUGCACGAGGAAAGAGAACAAGCUACAGUAGUUUGCACUCUGUGAAAGAGUUGUCAGAGCCAGACGAGAAUGCAGAAUCACCCGUUCUUGGUCGUCAAACCACACCAUUGCAACGAAAGCGACGACCAAGUAUGCCCAUGGUGCUUGAAAUCCCAUCCGUCCCCCGCUCAGCGACGAUCAAGCGAAAGCCCGUGCCCGAGAGCCCUACUGGCAUCAGUCCAGCAGCAGAAGCCGCAUCGAAGUCUCUACUUCGACCGUCAAUCAGACACGUUGAAUAUAGCGGUAGCAGCUCCAGCGGUCUCGCACUGAGUUCCAAUUCGUCCAAUGGAGCAUACCACACGGAUCCCACUUCUCCCAUCUCUCCCCUGUCACAGAAUGCACCAGUCAACUCUUUCUCAAACGACUACUCUUACGUCGAGGACUAUGGCCCAGAGUACCAGAACGGCUAUCUUGACCAGGAAGAUGGCCUGUAUGGUGGUCACAGGAGCCUUGACAGAUAUCCGACUCCGUCACCUCCACGUCGCAGCUCGAAGACGGAGUGGCCGCUACGUAAUAUGAGUAUAGGGCAUAAGCGGAGUAAGAGCCCAAUGUGGGACAGAGUGUAUGAAGGUUAA